ACGAGAAUUUUUCUUCAAGGCCUUCUUUUAGGAGUAAAUAGUGGUGGUAUAAAGGCGAAGACGUACAAAAUUGAUACGCAGUUGUACUUUAGCAAUCCAUGCGAAAAUGAAUGCAUCAAUCGCAUUAUUAUUGUGCUUUAUCGCAGGUAAUGCCUUCGGGUAUUAUGUACAGCGACAAGUGCCUUAUAAUAUUGGACCACAGGACCCCUACAGCGUGGAAGUGAGCCCGUAUCUUGCCUAUGAACCGUCACAAAGAAUACUUUGGGGAAAUGGAGGCAGUAAUCAAGUCGGCGGAAACGACUGGUGGGCAACUAUAACGAACAAAUUUCCCAUUUUGAGAAACAUGUUUGGGAAGAUGCAACUGCCAACGCAAUACGGUGCUCCUGCGUCUGUGUAUGGUGUGCCAAAUAAUCAAUAUCCACAGUUCUAUACCCAAAAUGUUCCCCAGUAUUAUCCUUCUGCUAGGGAUGUGGGAUUUACUGAUGAUGCAGUCAUUAUAACUCCACCAAAUGUUCCAGUGAUACAACAACCUGUGCCUCAACCUUCCCCGGAACCCGCACAGGGGUAUCGCUACAACACACCUCAGAACCGCUUGGAACUACCUAAUCAUUAACUAUUUCUGUUACAAGCACCUCUUUCUUUGUAAUGCACUGAUUUUAUGUCAGAGUUGUGAGUUUUGAAAUUCACUUUCCAUGUAAGAGAGUAUUAUGUACUUUAAGAUACGGGUAGUUACUACUAGUUAUAAUCGUAUUAUAAUGUAGAGUAUCUAUAAUUAAAAUAAAAAUUAUUAUAUUUUA